AUGUUCACACGGAGACGCUCCAGAACUUUCCUGAUGGAGACCAUUGACAGAGGAACAGAGUUUGUAGAGGUCUUAAAAACUAUCUAUCCCAAGGCAACUACUCUUCAUGAGAAGGACUUUGACUGGCUCUUUGACUGCCCCGAGACAGAGCAAUUUCUGGAAUGGUUCUGCAACACAGUGGGAGAAGAGAAUGUGCUGAAUCCUACAGAACUAGAGACCUUUGAGAAACUGGUAAUUUCUGGGAAGCCCAUCUUAGAAGACGAAGCAUUGGAGGAAGUGUUGAGAACCUGUAGCCAGUCUUUUCAGUUGAACAGUGAACUACAAGAAAAUGAAACCCUACCCCUUGAGUUAUUUGAACAAGAGAUACAGAUGCUGAAGAAUCAAUAUGCAUGUCGAAUAACGCGAUGUAACAAGCUUCAGAUUUAUGUAGCCAGUUUAAACCAAAAGCUCUGCCAUUUAGCAGACAAAAAAGAAAGAUUAAACAGAGAACUAGAGAAGGUGCACCUAAAGGUUGAGCUACAGAAUUUUCAAAGCAACAAUAUCCUCAGUGAGGUUUGUCAGAUAACAGAGAAGUUAGCACAUUGGCAUAAGGAACCUGGGUAUGAGCAACUAACUUUGUCAAGAGAUCUAGGGCAUUAUCUGGAAACAGAAGAAAAUUUCACAAAAGCUUUUUUGAGUUUGUUUCCAAAUGUUGUGACAAGUAUCAGUGAUAUGGAGACUGAUCAAACAGCUUUUGAAAAAAAGGGGGAAAGAGAUAUUACAGAACAGCCAACUUCAGAAUCUGUAGUUAAACUAGCUCAACAACUGCAACUAGAAGACAAGAGCUUAGUUUAUACUGAUAAUCCUGAUAAUCACAAAAUAACCUUGGAAAUUUUGAAGAAACAAAUUCUCCAUCAAGAGCAACUGCCCAGCAAGAAUAAGCCAGAAUUUAAACAGAAAGACUUACUAGAAAAAACAGAUCAACCAAAAGUCGAUUAUUUCAAGAGUGAAGACCUACCUAUUCAGGAUUUCUUUCAAAAAGGGCUGAAGACACAGACAGAAAUUGGCCAAACAAAGCAUCUUAAAAACAUGGGAAAUUAUAGGGAAGAACUGGGACACAUGGAGUUAACAUACAUGUGGAGCAAAACAAUUACAGCCAUGACCACGGCAAGAAUUAAAGGACUUUCAUCCACCUUGCAAUGGGCAGAAAAAGUUUUAAAAGUAACUAAGGAGAACAAGGUGAAGGAAGAGAAGGGUGAGUUAAGUUUUCAUGUGACUAGAUGCCAGGAACAGUUAUGCAUUCUCCAAACUGAGGUAAAUGGAAAGACCCAAUUGCUUGUGUCCUUGCUUCAAGGCAUUGCCCGCCUUUUUCGUUUGCCUAUAACAAAUGGAGAACUAGACAUGGAAGACAUGAGACUUGAGUAUCUUGAACGGGUACAAGAGGAAGCUAUUGACCAGAUAUUGGGGCAGCUCAGCCACUUUGAGAUGCUGAAACUCUUGCUGAUGUUGAAGAAAAAUAAUCUGCAAUGGACUGGAAAUAAACUGGAGGGACUGAUGACUGUCCUGAAAGACUCUGAGUCUCAGUUACAAGAAUGGCAAUCCUGCUUUGAGGAUUCAAGAUUCUCCAUUAAGCAAUGUCCACGGAUUUUGAUAGAUCCUAGUGACCUCACUACUUUACGGUUGUGGGAGAUGCUGGACAAACACAAUAAAGAGAAACAACUUUUUCGUUCGUAUGAGACUUUGGCAAGCAGGGGUUCAAGAUUGUGCCAGGAACUCAGAAUGCUUCAAAUACAGCUAGCCACCCCAUUUCCUCAGUUUCUCAAACUAGAAUCUGAAAACAAGGCACUGUACUGUUUGAUAUAUGAUGACUCCAACCAGUUAAUGCUUCAUGCUCAGGGAUUGUCAGAACCUCUGGAGCAACUUAGCGUCACACAAGCUAAAAUCUAUCAAAUUCUAAUGGAUACCCUGACUGACUUAAAGGCCAAACGCAAAUCUCUGCAGAGCCACUUCAAGAAGACGGAGCGCAACCUCUACAGAUACUUCUUCAGCAACCCAGACCAUCUGAAGAAGAUGGUACGAAAAGUUGAAAAGCAGGCACUGGUAUCUUCGUGUGCAUAAGGGAGCCAUCAGCGGACAACAAAAGAAGAAGAUCUUGCUCCAAAGUGCUCUCAUGUAAAUUCUGCCUUCACUGAACGAAAGGCUCCCAA